AUGCUCAGUGAUACCGAGCGUGGUUUCAAGGACCCUGAUUAUCGCAAAAGGCGAAUGAUGUUCGCUGACAUUGCUUUGAACUAUAAACAUGGCGAACCAAUUCCUCGCAUUGACUAUACCGAAAGUGAAAAGAAGACUUGGGGCAUUAUUUAUCGCAAACUUCGCGAGCUGCACAAGAAGUGGAUUUUAUCGCAUUUAGUUCAUUAA